ACCAUCGCCAUCGUCGACGGCUGUUGCACUCCUCUCUCCCGUGUCGUCCAUGGCUCCAUCAGUCACCAUCAGUCUGUCUGCAUCAGUCUCCCAUGGGUUGCCGACUGUACUGUGUGAGAGGUUUCCACCAUCGAUUUAACAUGAUUGUCUGAACAAAUAAAGCUCUAAUUUUAGUCAUAACUGUUUCUUAAGGAAGAGACCCAAGCACAAUCAACAGCAGAAAGAUGAAGGUCGUUGCAUUGAUUAGUGGUGGCAAAGAUUCCUGCUUCAAUAUGAUGCAGUGCGUAGCAGCUGGCCAUGAGAUCGUGGCUUUAGCUAAUCUGCAUCCUGUUGAAAAAGAAGAUGAUCUGGAUUCGUUUAUGUUCCAAAUGGUAGGACAUCAAAGUGUUACAUAUAUUGCUCAAGCUGUAGGCUUGCCUAUAUAUCGUUAUCCAACGUUUGGCAAAGCCAACCUGCAAGAAAAAGAUUAUUAUCCUACAGAAAGUGAUGAAGUUGAAGAUCUUUUUAAUCUCUUGAGUGAAGUGAAGGAACAUCAAGAUAUAGAGGCUGUGUCAAGUGGUGCUAUUCUUAGCGAUUAUCAACGAAUUCGUGUGGAAAAUGUCUGCAAUCGUUUAGGUCUUAUUUCCUUGUCGUACUUGUGGAGACGGGACCAAGAUGAGUUGUUAAAUGAAAUGAUACAAAGUUCCGUUAACGCGAUAUUGAUCAAAGUUGCAGCUUUAGGCCUUGAGAUCAAACAUUUGGGCAAAUCUAUAUGUGAAAUGCAACCUCAUCUUGUUAAGAUAAAAGAAAAAUAUGGAGUGAACAUAUGUGGAGAGGGAGGAGAAUAUGAAACUUUUACCUUAGAUUGCCCUUUAUUUAGUAAAAGUAUUGUAAUUGAUGAGUUUGAGAGCGUUGUAAACUCGAAGGAUAACAUAGCACCUGUAGGAUAUCUCAGACUUACCAAGAUUCAUUUAGAAGAGAAGGGCAAUGGAGAAUUGGAGAAGUUAAGUCUAUCCGAGAGACUAAAAAAUGUUUUGAUAAAAUCGCCACAGGAUUACAUCGCUGAAAUCAUUGGUCCUGAGCUACACGACGGCUGUAAUUUAUCAGAAGAUGAAAAUGACGAACAUGCAUGUGAAAGUAAUAGUUUGAAAGCAUCGAACUCAGGUCAGUUUCAUCCUCCAAGUCCAAUGGAGAUCUUGUAUGAAGAGGAAGAUUGCCCAGACGCGCCAGUCGUUAAUAAAAAUCAAACAGGAUGGUUCUGGUUCGGAGGUAUUGUAGGGAAACAUCCGGACGUUGCAUCCGCCGUGGAAGAGGCACUGGAAAAACUAAGCACUCUGGUUCAAAAUGAAAAUUUGUGUCUAUCUGAUAUAGUCGCAGUAACAUUGUAUAUAAAAGAUAUGUCGAAUUACAAGGCUAUAAAUGACGUAUACGUUUCCUGGUUGGGUAAGAGAAAUCCGCCGGUUCGCGUAUGUGUAGAAUGUCCAUUGAACAUACAUGUCAUGCUUGAUGCGAUAGCAUAUAAGGAAAACCAAGAAAGUGGCGAUAAAUGCGUCUAUAAGCGACAGACAAUGCAUGUUCAAAGCAUAAGCCAUUGGGCACCCGCUAAUAUUGGCCCUUAUUCUCAGGCUGUUUGUAUAGAUGAUGUUAUCUUAGUCGCUGGACAGAUACCUUUGGUGCCUGGCAAUAUGAAUCUUUUAGAUAUGAACAUUAAACGGCAGUGCCGUUUGACGUUGAGGCACAUUGACCGCAUUAUUAAGGCUAUGGAUGCGAAACUUCGAGAUAUAGUACAAGGUAUCUGUUUUCUGACUCACUCUAGUUAUAUAGCAGAUGCGAGGAAGGAGUGGGAAAGGAGGACAAGAAAUGCUAUUGUAGAUUAUAUUGUUGUACCAAAUUUGCCACGAGGUGCUCAAGUUGAGUGGUGCGUUUGGGCUCAUAGGGAUAAUAAUCGAUUCGAGUACGAAGAAACAGGAAAAUGUGUGGCUAAUUUUAGGAUAGCCAUCAGGCGUAGGUGGAAUUACGAAAAUAAUGUUUCAGCGAUUGUGUGUUACAUGUCUACCGGUUCAUCUAAUUCGACUGGCAAUUUGACAACAGAGGCGAGUUUGCCAUCCACGGAGCUGAACGCAAAUGAAUUGUCAGAGGCUUUCGAUUAUCUAUUGUGUAAACUCAGGAAAGGCUCGCAAAGCGCAAAUCCAACGUGUAAUUUGCGAAUAUUUUACAAAGUUGGCAGCUUUCCGGGCCCAAACUUCCUUCAUAACGUCCUAUCGAAAUUUUCUACGCAGAAUUUAGUGAUCACCGUUAUACCGGCUAUUCACUUACACAAUUUCAGUACUUUGUUAUCUAUAUAUGGUAUUAGGCACGAGUAAUACUCAAAAUGAUUUUUUACACUGUCAAUUAUUCAUUGGAAUUGGAGCGCACAUUUAGGAUAAAAAAAAAUUGAUGCUUGGAAAAACAGCACGUGAAUAAGAGAAAUGUUUUGACACAAAAGUGGAAAAAAAUGCGCCUAAAACUUUUUGCUUUAUUUCGUAGAAUACUCACGCACGGAGGCAACUAUAAUUUUACUGGUCGUGAAUUAUAAUCGAAAUUACAUACAUUUCUGUGUAUUUUUUUCAAAACAUUGAAAAUCGAUUUUGCUUUUUGCAGCUAUCGCUUCAAUUUUUCGGCUAUUGUGAAUCCAAUGUUGUUUUCGAGGGAGAAAGGUAAAGCGGUAUUUUUUUGCAAUAGUAUUGGCCAUUAAGUUUUCCUACGUGCGCAAAUAAGUCUCGAUGUUUGUUUCAUUGACGGUCGGUGGGCGUAUUUGAGUACUUCUCGCGUUUCGUACGCGAGACACGGCUGUUCGCUCGACAUUUACUGACGACGUAGUUACGCCGCUGUUUCUGCCAGCUGCAUUUUUAUGCAAUCUUUUCAAACGAGUCCCAUCUCCCUCUGAAUUCCGAAAAUGCAUCCUGUCCCCCCCCCUUUUUUAAUAUAAAAAUAGCAACAAAGCGCAGCUGAAAAGAAACAGACGCUAUAUUAUCUUGUAUACCGAGUACUACUAGUCAAUGACGGGUCAAGUGCAAUUCCGAGCUGUGAGCCCGUCCCCGUUUAUAGCGCAUAAGUGCUCUUUAACAACGCGAUAAUUACACAUUAGGUAUAAUACUCGUAUGACUUAUACUGUGCUGAUUACGCUAUAAUGUUUCGUUUUUCUUUUGCUCAAAGUACAUGUUACUUUAUGAUGUUUGUAAUCAUGUGCGGAAUGUUAAUUAACGUGUGUGAUGUUUCUCUAAACAACAUUAAAUCGUGCACAGCCAUUUUAAAAUAGCACUCGACAUUUACUCGAAUUCUAAAUGAAAGGAAGUAAAGGGACGUUUGUUGCCGUGAGGCUGAAAUUACGAGACACCACUGUGGGUGUUUGGUACGAUUUAAUACGACUGGAACGCGGAGCACAUGUGGAACGUAUAUAAUAUGUAUAUUCUUCUUCACAACGAUGUUCUUCGCUGUCACUAAUGCUGCCGGUAUCGCUACGUAAUUGUAAUACCGAUUGCGUCACGGGAAUGACAUUGCAGUUUCAAAAAAGAGAUCUGAAAAGAAAAUUGAGAUCGAUGAACUCGGUAUAAGACACUAUGCAGCAGCUCUGCAUUCUUCGCGCGUACGCACUGUUUAGAAGUAUCUCUUAUACAGAUUGCAUUGCAAUACGAACUCUACUAAGAUUAUUCUGACGUAAUAUUAUAUAUACGAGGUUGAUGCAACGAUAUGCCAAAGUUUAUAUUUUGCAACUUGCUCAUUUUUUAAACAGUCGCAAUUACUAUCGUUAUUCUGUAUGUGUACAUAAUGCAACAUAAUCUAACACGAUCUUAUAUAUAUAAAUAUAUAUAUAUAUAUAUAAAGAUAUUAUAAUUGAUUUUUGACAGCGAAAAAGAAAAGAGCGCACUGUUCAAAAUGUGGAUACUCUGUAACGAUAUGUAUGUAAAAACACAUACAAAAAAAAGAUGUUUAUUUGCAUCUACUCUCGCAACAGAACACUAAUCUGAGGAUUAUGUCGCAAAAGAAGAAUAAAGAGAAUGAUAUAUAUUUUUAA